CAAGACAACCUGGACAUCACUUUUGUUCUCAGGCUCUUUUUUCAUUGGUUCCUCAAUCCGUUGACUUUGUAACAUGUCCAAGAUGAAGGAACUCGACAUCAAAACUUUCUGUAUAUCUCUUGCUGUUUUCUCAAUUAUUUCAAGUGAAACAAAUUAUAUGAAAUCCAUGGCAAUGAAAUUGUUUGAUGCACAUUGUCACCUUCAAGAUCAAAGAAUUGUAGAUAAGGCUCCCCAACUCAUUGCUACAGCCAACGGGGCAGGGGUUGUUUACAUUGCUGUGAAUGGAAUAACAGAGAAAGAUUGGCAUUUGGUGAAAGAAAUGAGUGAUGAAUAUUGCUCUGUGAUUCCAAACUUUGGGCUACAUCCUUGGUUUGUUGAAGGAAAGAGUCCCUCUUGGUUCAGCACUCUCAAGGAGCUGUUUGAAGCUAAUCCUUCAGCUGCUGUUGGGGAGAUUGGUUUGGACAAAAGCCCACUAGCAAAGGGGGUUGAUUUCUCGGACCAGGUUGAAGUGUUCAAGAAACAGCUUCAACUAGCCAAAGAGAUAAAAAGACCGGCCAGUGUGCAUUGUCUUGAUGCUUUUCCUGAGCUUCUUCGGAUAAUGAAGGAUAUAGGACCUUUUCCAUCAGGUGUCAUACUCCAUUCUUUUCAAGGUUCUCCAGAGGUAGUUCCUGAACUUACAAAGCUUGGUUCUUACUUCUCAUUCUCUGGACAUUUGAUGCCAUUGGAAGAAGACGAGGCCAAAAAAAUUGUCAAGGCGGUACCUUUGGAUAGGAUUUUAUUGGAAACAGAUUCACCUGAUGCGCUACCUAAAAACCCUAUUUUUUUCGUUCCUGGAAAUGCUACACUGAAUCAGCCAGCAAAUGUUCAUAGUGUACUCAUUUAUGUUGCAUCUUUACUGGAAAUGAGCAAAGAAGAGCUCGCACAUAUAAGUUACAAGAAUGCAGUUCGCAUAUUCUCCUUUGAAGGCUCAAAAAUUCCUUUAGAAUGACCAUGA